AUGGAUUCACCAAAUGCAAUAUUAUUUUGAAACCUCAUUCUCGCCGACUUCAAUUUCAACUGUGAGACUGGUCAACUUAACCACACUCCUAAAUCUGACGUUUUGGCAAAUUUGCAGGCAAGUAAGCUUGAUCAAUUCCUACCGCAAGAUCCCUCUGCUUUUUUGGGAUCAAUCAACAAUCCCACACAAUUUGUUACGUCAUCUGCGUUAGACACAAAUCAGUUUUCUUCGGCUGCUCUUUGCUCUCCUUUUUAUUCUCGGACUGAAUCUUUUCCACUGGCUUCUGACAACGGCUGGUUAUUGAACGAGUCUUCUAGUCGUUUAACCCAUUCAGAAUCGCCUCAUCAUGAGGCAUUUCAAACUCCGGAUCAUUCUCAUUCGGACCCCUCUAUUUCCUAUGCCAAUCCACUCCACAUCCCGCGCUCAGCAACUUCCCUUUUCUCUGCCAAUGUCUUCCGACCUAGGUCCUUGGUAGAUCAAUAUCCGCGCUCUAACCUUUCAUUUGAUGCUUCUAUUACACGGCCCCCUUUAAUUCGUCCUGUUUUUGACCACGAAUCCAUCAGUUCAGACCAUACCUCGUUACGGCCUGGCGAGCCGAAGAGCCAUGGCGUCUGCAUGAUCAACUCACCUUCCACUACUGAUAGAAUCGCGACCAAUUGUGAUUCAGAGGAAAGGCAUGAUUUUGACUGCAUAGCUAAAGAAUUGAGUCUUCGUGAUGACCACAGAAAUAAAGUCACCAAUGAAGGCAGUCGAAAAUUCUGGGACAUCAAUGCAGUUGGAAUUAAUAAAACUAGGAAGAGCAUUCUCAGCGAACGAGGUAAGCUAUAUGACUUUUUAGAUACGAAGAGAAACUUGGCUUGA